UGCUCGCGUGUGUGUGUCCUCCUUUCUUCCAGCCGAAAGGAAAGCACGACACACAGUUCACCCUACACACAGACGCUGAAACAACAUAUCAAAGAUGGAUCUAGAACAAAUGGGUCCCCAGACUUUCCUUUACGGUUGUGAGCUGAAGGCAGGAAAGGAUAUCAUUUUUAACCCAGAGGAUGAUGAUUUUGAUCAUCAGUUGUCUGUCAGAAUGGCCUGUGUCGAUCCCACAACAAAAGAUGAACUGAAUGUUGUGGAAAUUGAAGGACAGGACGUAGAAGGUCAGAAAGUAAAAGCAGUGCUGGCCACACUCAAGCCUUCUACCCUUCCCAGUGUCAGUUUGGGUGGGUUUGAGAUCACGCCACCUGUUGUGUUCAGGUUACGAUCUGGGUCCGGUCCAGUUCAUAUUAGUGGACAGCAUCUCGUCAUCAUGGGAGGAGAUCAGUCUUUUGAUGAAGAUGAUGAGGCAGAGGAGGAAGAAGAGGAGUUGACAACAUCUAAGAAGAGGCCAGCACCAGCGGCUCAAAAACCUUCAAAAAAAAUGAAGAUGGAUGUAGAGGAAGACGAGGAUGACGAUGAUGAGGAUGAUGAGGAAGACGAUGAAGAUGAUGACGAAGAGGAUGACGACGAUGAUGAGGAGGAUGAGGAAAGUGAAGAAGUGACACCUGUAAAGGAAAAGAAGCCAGCAGCUAAACCACAGACCCCUUCACAGAAUGGAAAAGGACCAAAGCCUGGUACACCAGCUGCCAAACCGAAUAAGACUCCAGAAAAGAACAAGGGGGACAAGGCACAGACGCCCAAAGCACAGUCGCCCAAAACACCACAACGAGUUUUUACCGUCCCAGAAAUCAAGGAAAAGAUUAAGGCUGCAGUUGAAAAGGGUGUAGCGAUGCCAAAACUACAGCCGAAGUUUGAGAACUAUAUAAAGAAUUGCUACAAAACAACUGAUGCUAAGGUCAUUGAAGAGCUUUGGAAAUGGAAACAGACUCUUAAAGAGAAGAACUAAUUGCCAUAUUUUGGUUAAAUUAUUUUUUCGUGACCCAUGAUUUUACUACUUUGUUUUUUGGGAGGUACCUGUAUUUUUUAUUUUUCAACCCCAACCUUGAGUUUUUUCAAAUCCGUGCCAUUCCAUUCCUAGAGACUCCGAUCAUGAACUUUGCAGUCCGACCUCUUCUCUGUCAUGUCACAUCCAUGGACUGUGGCCUUAAAUUUCCAGGCUUUUAUUCAAGCGAGACUCAUUGAGCAGAAGAUUUUGACCCAUCUCUCAGGCUUACUGUAAUUUUGUAUGAGUUUUUCUUAUCUUCCCGUCCGUGUGUUUUUUUUUUUAUGACAUGGAAACGAUCGCCUGGUGUGUUCUGAUGGCAUGUGUAAGAGAAGCUUGUUUAUUGAAGUUUGGCUUGAGCUGUUUUGUUCCAGAACGGUUUCAAUGAAUCUUAAAGAAUUUCAGUAUUUCGACAGUUCACUUUAUUUUUAAAUGUUGGUAUUCUGUAACUAUAAAUUGAUGUUUGGGAUAGAUUUUUGCAAAUUGUAAAGAAUCCAAAUGUCAGCAAUGUAUAUUGCAGUUGAUAUCAGGGUCUGCAUUGACAUCUUGGCAGCACAACAGAGACUCUUGAACCUUUGAAUAAAAUUCAAAUGUGAA